AGGCAGUUUCCGGUUCCAGGGCGAAGCUGGAGCGGGCCCGGUUUGGAGCGGGGCAGUCGGCAGCCGCCGCGACUUUGGAUGCGGCCGCCGGUUCAGUAGGAGGGGCGGCGGAGGAGCAGGAGGAGGAGAGGGAAUCGUCCCGGUUGACGCUCGGGCUUUGGGCGAUCCAGCAGGGCGGGCGAGCGGGAGAUGGCGAGGAACACGCUGUCCAACCGGUUCCGCAAAGUCGACAUCGACGAGUACGACGAGAACAAGUUCGUGGACGAGCAGGAGGAGGCGGCCGAGCAGCAGGGCCCCGACUCCGGGGAGGUGGACGGCUUCAUCAGGCAAGGUGACAUGCUUAGUGCAUUCCAUGCAGCUUUAAGGAACCCUCCAGUUAACAUGAAGAAUCAAGCAGUCAAGGAGCGGGCACAGGGAAUAGUUCUCAAAGUCCUUACAUCCUUUAAAAGUAGUGAAAUAGAACAAGCGGUAAAGUCAUUAGAUAGAAAUGGUGUUGACCUUUUAAUGAAGUACAUUUAUAAAGGCUUUGAAAAACCCACAGAAAACAGUAGUGCGAUAUUAUUGCAGUGGCAUGAAAAGGCAUUAGCGGUGGGUGGAGUAGGCUGCAUAGUAAGAGUUCUCACUGCAAGAAAAACUGUUUGAAAAGUAAUACAUUCACAUGGAUGGAAAGCUGCUGAAAAGUAGGAGGAAGGAACAGCGGAAGAGAAAUAUCUGAACCCAUCUUUAAAGAUUAAUUCAUAUUAAAUGAAAUUAUUUUGAAAAUAAACUGUUGGAAUGCUCUUUUUAUCAUAAUAGGUUGUGGUGAAAAGUUUGUGUUACUAUGUUUUGGCCAAGUAUGACAUGCAAGGUCUUGCACAUCCUAAGUUUCUUUACCAUUUUUGCUUUUACCUUUGGAAAUGUUUUGAAACCAAAUAGUAACUAAUAAAGACACAUUCACACAAUGGAAAAACAAUGAUAUGACAUUGUGCUGUUUGUGUUGUAGAGUGUUGGGGAUUUUACCCAAAAUUUUGUGCCACAGAGUACUGGUGGACUAAGACUUCAGUGUCAGUACAUGCAGUAUUACGCAUUAUUUCUUUGGGUCACUCCACUUUUGUUUGUACAGUUGGGUAGACUUAGUAUUAUACAUAUGGCAAUAUUAUUAACUGAAUUGCCACUGAUGGAUUUAUUGUAAAGUGCCUGCUGCAAAAUAAAACUGUUGGAUCAUUUUUAGUGGAUAGCUUUUGUUGUAUCAUAAUACGUCAAAAACUAGUUUGAUUUCUGAUUUUUUUUUUGAAGGAAGCAGUGAGAAAAUGCCUACUGAGUGGAAUCAAGUGUAAACACAUUAAACACAUUCUGUGCUGGAGUAAAUGCUCCCUUGGUGCAUCAUCAAUAACCUUCAUGGCUAAUUCAUAAUUUUAAGUUUUUUAAAAAGAAAAAGAACAAUCUUAAACCAAGUCGGUGGCUGACAGUCCCUACUAAUAAUGCAUAGAACUGGCACUGAAGUGUUUUGCUCAGAACAGUGGCUGAGAUGGGGAAAUGAAAAUGUUACCCUGCUGUAGUAUGAUGGCUUUGGUCAAACUUAACUUCUGUAGAGGUAAUUUUUAUGACAAUUAUUUCCAUUCUCUAGUUGAGCAAAAACAUUUACCAGAAGUUUUUCCAACAGAUUUGGUGGGAAUUUUAGGAAACAUUUUGCUUCAGCUGUAUGUGUAUUGCAUUUGUAGGCAUGACUUUGCUAUUCCAAAAAUGUAUUAAACUAUAAACUGGUUUAAAUGUAUAUUAUGAAAAAGGACGACAAGUGGCCUUUACAUGUUUAUUCCAUUGAGAUGAUACCCCUUUCUGCAAGUUCUAUAUUCUUUCACUUCUUUUCAGCUACCCUGCUCACAGUUGAGAUUGGCUGUAUAUUUAACCUAAGAUGCAGAGAAAAUUGUCUGCCUUCUUUGGUAAACUUUGAUUUUAAACUGCCUCACCCUGCCAAUGAGGAGUGCUGCUGAACUAAUACUUCUCAUAGUAAACUACAAACCAGCUGGACUGGUUUCAAAGCCAUGCACAUUGACAUCAGAUAGUCACUUUUUCUGUUUUUUGUUAGAAAAAUACUUUUUAACAUGGUUUCCCAAGCACCUGUACUGCAUGCAGGUUAACGGUGGCUUAGCACAUCUUUCAAAUAGAGAUCUCAAAACCUGGUUCGAGAAUGACUGGCCUCUUCUCUCUUAUCCCAUCUAGUUAUGAGUAGCAACCAAGACCCUACACGCCCUCCUUAAACUUUUGCCAUCUCCUUACAACCCAAGUUUUUGAUCACUCCUAGUCUGCUUUGGCUUGGUGUUUACUUUGUCCAGUUAUACCAAUGAAGCGCCUUUGAUUGUCUUUCUACAUUAAAGGCACUAUUAAAAAUGAAAA